GCGCCGCAUGUGUUAGAGCAGAGUGUUCUAGAAACCGGUGAGGGCCUGUUUCUCCAAGCUGUUCGUUUCGCCUCUCGCUUGGUUAGUGCACGUUUAAUUACCAUGGCCGCUGUCAAAGCGCUCAAUCCGAAAGCUGAGGUGGCUCGAGCACAGGCUGCUCUGGCCGUUAACAUCAGCGCUGCUCGUGGACUUCAGGAUGUGCUAAAGAGCAACCUGGGUCCGAAGGGAACCAUGAAAAUGCUUGUGUCUGGUGCUGGAGACAUAAAGCUCACCAAGGACGGCAAUGUCUUGUUGCAUGAAAUGCAAAUUCAGCAUCCAACAGCCUCUUUGAUCGCUAAAGUGGCUACAGCACAGGAUGACAUAACAGGCGAUGGAACCACCUCCAAUGUGCUUAUAAUUGGGGAGCUCCUUAAGCAGGCGGACCUCUAUGUUUCUGAGGGUCUUCAUCCAAGAAUAAUAGUUGAAGGAUUUGAGGCAGCGAAAGAGAAGGCUUUGGAAGUGCUGGAGAAUGUGAAAGUGACUAAAGAGAUGGACAGAGAGAUGCUUGUCAAUGUGGCCCGGACAUCCCUGAGAACCAAGGUCCACACAGAGCUGGCUGACCUCCUGACUGAGGCCGUGGUCGAUGCUGUUCUUGCAAUUCGGAAACCAGAUGAACCCAUUGAUCUUUUCAUGAUCGAAAUAAUGGAAAUGAAACACAAAACAGAAAGUGAUACAACGUUGAUAAAAGGCUUGGUACUGGACCAUGGUGCCCGCCAUCCUGAUAUGAAAAAGCGAGUUGAGGAUGCUUAUGUGCUAACUUGCAACGUUUCCUUGGAAUAUGAAAAGACGGAAGUCAACUCUGGCUUUUUCUACAAGAGUGCUGAUGAAAGGGAGAAACUGGUGAAAGCUGAGAGGAAAUUCAUUGAAGAGCGUGUUAAUAAGAUUAUUGAGUUGAAGAAAAAAGUCUGUGAAGAUGGUACCAAAGGGUUUGUUGUCAUCAAUCAGAAGGGCAUUGAUCCGUUCUCCCUGGACGCUCUGGCAAAAGAGGGUAUUGUGGCUCUCCGCAGAGCUAAGAGAAGAAACAUGGAAAGACUCACUCUGGCUUGUGGAGGUAUUGCCAUGAACUCUGUAGACGACCUUACACCAGAAUGCUUGGGACAUGCCGGUCUUGUAUACGAGUACACACUUGGGGAAGAGAAGUACACCUUCAUUGAGAAGUGCAGCAACCCUCGGUCGGUGACACUGCUGGUGAAGGGGCCCAACAAGCACACUCUCACACAGAUCAAGGAUGCAGUGAGGGAUGGUUUGCGGGCUGUCAAGAAUGCUAUUGAGGAUGGCAGUGUCGUUUCAGGAGCUGGGGCCUUUGAAGUAGCAGUGGCAGAUGCUUUGGUGAAACACAAGCCCAAUGUGAAGGGACGUGCGCAGCUUGGAGUGCAGGCCUUUGCUGAUGCUUUGCUGGUCAUUCCUAAGGUUCUGGCACAAAACUCUGGAUACGAUCCCCAAGAGACACUUGUGAAACUUCAGACAGAAUAUAAAGAGUCAGGACAGCUCAUUGGUGUGGACCUCAACACAGGUGAACCAAUGGUGGCAGGAGAGGCAGGCGUGUGGGACAACUAUAGUGUAAAGAAACAGCUCUUGCAUUCAUGCACUGUCAUCGCAAGCAAUAUUCUUUUGGUGGAUGAGAUCAUGAGAGCUGGCAUGUCAUCACUGAAGGGCUAAGGCCACACAGCCUGAUGGAGGUAGUUUGACCGAAAGCAUCCACUUCCAGCACUUUGGAUGUCUUCAGUGGGAAGAGGGAUUGGUUGAACUCAGUUGCAGUCCUGGUGGUAUCCUGUAUCAGUAAAAAUCUGUUUUUCCCCUCUUGGAAGUGGUUUGUCCUCUAACCACAAAGUGAGACUUGUCUAUGGCACUGAAGUGUACAGAACAGUUUUCCCUUCUUUAUACCCAAUAAAGCUUAGUUUUGCCCUGGAA